GUUGUAUUAAAAAAACUAGGUUUGUGUGUUAUUAGUUUUUCACAAAUCUGGUGCCAGAAGGACUGCGCAAUCAUAUAUUUUUAAGCAGCUUCUUCAAAAUGUCGUGGAACGUCUAUCCCAAAAACUACCAUGCCCACAGCUAUGGUUGGCACCGCGAAAACGACGUCAACGCCAUCUCCUACAAACCUUCAAAUGGCGCCGCCAAUGGUGCUGCCAUGGGUUUCAAUCCUGGCUUCGGAACAUCCUCCUUGCCCUACCCACCAGCACCCAAUCAACAACCCGGUCUAGGUUGGAAUCUAAACUCUAACUCUGGACAUCCUGGCUACCCCACAUCACACCCCUCCGGAAUGCCUGCUGCUCCUGGAUGGGGUUUGAGUAAUAAUGUUCCUUAUGGGAAUGCUGGUGUUCCGAUGCCAUCUCCUUAUGGAGCAGCUCCUUCUCCGUUCGGAGCAAUCGGUACUCCUUAUGGUGGUAGUAGUUAUCCUAGUUUACCAGGAGGUGGUUCUGCGCCUUAUCCGGGCGGUUUUGGAGGAGCAACUCCGAAGCCUCAAGAGGGUUCUGUGGAACCUGAUGCAAGACUAGAGGUGGACGAAGGUGUUCUGACUGCUGUUAUUAUUCCGAAGGAUGAGUUUCAUGGAGCUCUUGUUUAUGAUACCUCACAUGCAUCUUCUCAAUAA